AUGUCUCUCUUUGACAUUGACGGAUGGUUGAUAUCCGCGCCGAUCAAGACGGUAGAGUCGGCUGCGUCGAACGAGGCGGUGUCGGCUAAUAUCCACAAGAAGAACAAGAAGAAGAUUCGCAAGACGCAGACGCAUGCGGUGGGGGAUAAGUUUACGAGGUUGGAGGAUGAGACGAAGAAGGUGUCGAGUGAGGAGUUGCAGAAGAUGUUUAUGGAGCAGUUUGGUGUGAAUGGGGAGAGAAUGGGUGGGGAGGGGGAGAUCAAGGCGAGGAAAGUGAAGGUGGAGAAGGAGAAGGUGGAGGAGAAGAGUGGGGAGGAGGAGAAAGAGAAGACCAACAAGCGGAAACGACAAGCUGUCGUUGAUCAAGAUGAGGAAGAUCAAGAACCAAAGCAAAAGACCGAAGAAGCAGUCUCAGCACCGCUCAAGACCAAACCAACCGACAACAAGAAGACAAAAGACGAACCCGCAAAGCCAGCCGUCAAAGAACCACAGCAGCUUCCCAAGCCUGCCGCAGCACCACAAGUCAAGCUAACCCCGCUGCAGCAGAAAAUGAAGGACAAGCUAGCUGGCUCGCGCUUCCGCUGGAUCAACGAGAAACUGUACACGACGUCCUCAGACGAAGCCACGAAGCUGAUUAAAAAACAACCGGAGCUGUACCAGGAGUACCACGAAGGGUUUCGCCAGCAAGUCCAGUCGUGGCCUGAGAACCCUGUCGACAGCUACGUUGCGAGAAUCAAGGAACUUUCAAAGAGCAGGAUGCCGCCGCCCAAGGGUCUUCCGAAGGACAAAGACGGGACCACGUAUAUCGCCGACAUGGGCUGUGGCGAUGCCGAGCUUUCGAGACAGGUGUCUACAAAGUACUCGAAGCAGGCUGGCAGGAAAGGUGGCCGCUUUGGCCCGAAGAUUGUGGUGCAUAGCUUUGAUUUGGCAAAGACGAACGAGAGAGUGACGGUCGCGGAUGUUAAGCAUGUGCCGUUGCCUGACGAUAGUGUGCAUAUCGUUGUCUUUUGUCUGUCACUUAUGGGUACAAACUUCCUCGACUUUAUCAAAGAAGCCAAUCGCAUUCUGAAACCAAGAGGACAACUCUGGAUUUCUGAAAUCAAAUCUCGCUUCUCAGACGCAGAAGGCACAGACUUUGUCAACGCGAUCAAAGCGCACGGAUUCGUGCACACCGAGACCGACGCCUCGAACCAGAUGUUUAUCCGGUUCGAUUUCUUCCGGCCGCUGUCAGAGCGGAAAGAAGCGCGGGCGAUCGCCGAGGGCGAGGAGGGAUCUUCGAAUAAGAGGAAGAAGCUCAAGUUUAUCGAAGAGUCGGAGGAUGAGGAUGAGGGGACGGCGAACGGAGCGCCGUUGCUUAAGCCUUGCUUGUAUAAGAAGCGAUAG